CGUGGCCUUUGGUGAAACUGUAACUCCUUUCAUCUUCUUCGUUCAGCUCUAAAACUAGGCCGGAAAGGCCUCGCCUUUUUCCCACUCUUUCCCUAUUUUCCCGUCGCUUUAAGCCCGUAUAUACCCACUUUUCACGCUGGAACAAAGAGAUAGAUACCGCCUUUCUUGGUUGUGUAUCUAUACGUCAACGUAUAGAUAUAGAUUCUUGCUUCUUCACUGUUCACGAGGUCAACAGUUUGUUUGAAUUUUUGUUGAGAUAAGGUUCUCGGGUCCGGCCGGGAAGAGAAUGCGAUGAGUCUACGGCAGCGUCCGCAGGUGAGCCGCGGCCGCGAGCAGGAGCACGCUCCGCCGCAGCCGCAGCCGCAGCCGCCUUAUGAGCCGUUCAACAUCAUUCCGAUUCACAACCUUCUGGCGGAACACCCGUCGCUCCGGUACCCGGAGGUGCGUGCGGCCGCCGGCGCCCUGCGCUUCGUCGGAGACCUCCGGAAGCCGCCGUUCGUGCAGUGGCGGGAGUCUCAUGACCUAAUGGACUGGCUGGGGCUGUUCUUCGGCUUCCAAGACGACAACGUGAAGAACCAGAGGGAGCACCUGGUUCUGCACUUGGCCAACUCCCAAAUGCGCCUCCACCCGCCGCCCACCGCCCUGGACCGCCUUGACCCCCACGUUCUCCGCACCUUCCGCCAGAAGCUCCUCAAAAACUACACCUCCUGGUGCUCCUUCCACCGCCAAAAGUCCCAAAUCCGACUCCCUAGGACAAAGAAGCAAGGUAUUGAGAUGCUCCGCCGCGAGCUGUUGUAUGUGAUUCUCUAUUUCUUGAUUUGGGGCGAAGCCGCAAAUCUCCGUUUCGCCCCUGAAUGUUUAUGCUAUAUAUACCAUCACAUGUCUAUGGAACUUAAUUACAUUCUUGAUGGCCACAUUGAUGAGAACACAAGACAACCUUAUAUUCCUUGGACUUGUAAGCAAUUUGGGUUCUUAGAUGGUGUGGUCACACCUAUAUAUAGUGCAAUUAAGGGUGAGGUUGAGAGGAGUAGAAAUGGGACUGCCCCACAUUCAGCGUGGCGAAACUAUGACGACAUAAAUGAGUAUUUUUGGAGCAGACGAUGCUUCAAGAGGCUGAAAUGGCCUCUUGAUCCGUCGUGCAGUUUUUUCGGUCAUGGCGAUGAGCAUAGAGUGGGGAAGACAGGGUUUGUGGAGCAAAGGACAUUUUGGAGUCUGUUUAGGAGCUUUGACAGGCUCUGGGCUCUGUUGAUAUUGUUUUUCCAGGCUGCUUGUAUUGUCGCUUGGGAAGGAACAGAUUACCCGUGGCAAGUUCUGGAAAGAAGGGACACGCAGGUGAAGUUGCUUUCUGUGUUCAUAACAUGGGCUGGCUUGAGGUUCAUACAGUCGAUUCUUGAUGCUGGAACUCAGUAUAGUUUGGUUUCCAAGGAGACUGUGUGGAUUUGUGUGAGGAUGGUGUUGAAGAGUCUUGUUUCCGUUACUUGGACCGUUAUGUUUGGGGUGCUCUAUGGAAGAAUAUGGAGCCAGAAGAAUUCUGAUGGGAGAUGGUCCGAUGAGGCCAACGAAAGAAUUGUUUUCUUUCUAAAGACUGCGCUUGUGUUUAUCACUCCGGAGGUUCUUGCCCUUGUUCUUUUUGUUCUUCCGUGGGUCCGGAACCUUCUAGAAGAAGCAAACUUUCGGUUUAUGUACUUGAUAACGUGGUGGUUUUACAGCCACAUAUAUGUUGGCCGUGGACUCAGGGAAGGGAUCAUCAACAACUUUAAGUACACACUGUUCUGGAUUGCAGUGCUGGCUUCAAAGUUCUCCUUCAGUUAUGUCUUUCAGAUCAAGCCACUAGUCGCACCAACUAGGGCUCUCUUGAGUCUCAACAACCAACCCAUAACGUACAAGUGGCACGAGUUCUUCGGCAGCACGAACGAAAUCGCGGUCGUGAUGUUGUGGGCCCCGGUCGUUUUGAUAUAUCUUGUGGAUUUGCAGAUUUGGUACACGGUCUUUGCUUCCAUUGUUGGGGGAACGAUAGGACUGUUCUCCCACAUUGGUGAGAUUCGCAACAUAAAACAGCUUAGGCUCAGGUUCCAAUUCUUUGCAAGUGCAUUGCAGUUCAAUUUGAUGGCUGAGGACCAGAUGAUUAACGCCAAGGUGUCACUUGUCCACAAGUUGAGGGAUGCUGUCCAUAGACUGAAACUUAGGUAUGGCCUAGGACAGCCGUUCAAGAAGAUUGAGUCGAGCGAGGUCGAAGCCACAAAGUUUGCCUUGAUAUGGAAUGAGAUUGUGAUAUCCAUGAGGGAAGAAGACAUCCUCAGUGAUCAAGAGAUGGAGCUGCUUGAGCUGCCACAAAACUGCUGGGAUAUUAAGGUUAUCCGUUGGCCGUGUUUUCUCCUCUGCAACGAACUGCUUCUUGCUCUCAGCCAUGCAAAAGAGUUGGGGGAUGCGCCCGAUCAGUGGGUCUGGUUCAGGCUGUGCAAGUAUGAAUACAGACGGUGUGCUGUGGUAGAGGCUUAUGAUAGCAUCAAAUUCGUUCUUCUGGUGCUCAUCAAGUAUGGAACAGAAGAGCACUCCAUAGUCACAAAGCUGUUCAAGGACAUUGAUGAUUCCAUCAUCUCUGAACGGUUCACAAAGGUAUACAAGACAACCGUUCUGCCUCAGAUUCAUGAAAAGUUGGCAUCUCUAAUUGAGCUACUGCUCUUGCCAAACCAGGACAUGUGUAAGGUUGUGAAUGAACUACAAGCAAUAUAUGAACUUUCGGUCCGAGAAUUUCCAAGAGUAAAGAAGCCCAUAGCACAGUUGAUACAAGAAGGCCUCGCACCUCGAAAUCCGGACCCCACCACCACUGGGCUUCUGUUUGAAAAUGCCAUCAGUCUCCCAGACACUAGAGAUGUUUUCUUUUUCAAGCAACUACGGCGAUUGCGUACGAUUUUCACCUCCAGAGACUCAAUGCAUAAUGUCCCAAGAAACAUGGAAGCCAGACGGCGCAUUGCUUUCUUCUGUAACUCACUCUUCAUGAACAUACCGCGCGCCAUCCAAAUUGAGAAGAUGAUGGCCUUUAGUGUCUUGACUCCUUACUAUGAUGAAGAAGUGAUAUAUGGAAAAGAAAGCCUCCGGAGCCAAAACGAAGACGGCAUCUCUACCAUAUUCUAUCUUCAGAAGAUUUAUGAAGAUGAGUGGAUGAACUUUUUAGAACGGAUGCGUGGGGAAGGAAUGAAGGAUGAGAGUGAGAUAUGGAGUACCAAAGUAAGGGAACUUCGCCUCUGGGCAUCAUACAGGGGCCAGACAUUGUCCCGUACGGUUAGAGGAAUGAUGUAUUAUUACAGGGCUCUAAAGAUGCUUUCUUUCCUUGACUCUGCUUCUGAGGUGGAUGUGAGACGUAAUGGGUCUCUGGAAGCUUCCGGAAGUCCGGGUGCUCCUCAGAAUCUCCCCAGAGCAAGUAGUAGCAGUGUGACGCUUCUCUUUAAAGGGCGCGAGUUAGGGGACGCGCUGAUGAAGUUCACUUAUGUGCUGACCUGUCAAGUCUAUGGGAUUCAGAAGUGCAAGGGGGACCCGCGUGCCGAGGAGAUAUCUUACUUGAUGAGGAAUAACGAGGCACUUCGCGUUGCUUAUGUGGAUGAGGUCCACUUGGGGAGAGAUGGGGUGGAGUAUUAUUCUGUCUUGGUGAAGUAUGAUCAGAUGUUGAAGAAAGAAGUUGAGAUCUACCGCAUUAAGUUGCCCGGUCCAUUGAAACUUGGGGAGGGCAAGCCGGAGAAUCAAAACCAUGCCAUUAUCUUCACCAGAGGUGAUGCCGUUCAGACGAUUGAUAUGAAUCAAGAUAGCUACUUUGAGGAGGCACUCAAGAUGAGAAAUCUAUUGGAGGAGUUCAAAGUCCACCACGGGAUCAGGAAACCCACCAUUCUUGGGGUCCGCGAAAACAUCUUCACCGGCUCAGUCUCAUCCCUUGCUUGGUUCAUGUCUGCUCAGGAAACCAGUUUUGUGACUCUUGGGCAGCGGGUCCUGGCUAACCCUCUUAAGGUACGCAUGCACUAUGGCCAUCCAGACGUCUUUGACAGGUUUUGGUUCUUGACGCGCGGUGGCAUCAGCAAGGCUUCAAGGGUAAUCAAUAUUAGCGAGGAUAUAUUCGCGGGGUUCAAUUGCACCCUCAGAGGUGGGAAUGUGACUCACCAUGAGUACAUACAGGUUGGUAAAGGGAGGGAUGUUGGGCUGAAUCAGAUUUCCAUGUUUGAGGCUAAAGUUGCUAGUGGCAAUGGCGAACAAGUUCUUAGCAGAGAUGUGUACCGGUUAGGGCACAGACUCGAUUUCUUUCGCAUGCUUUCUUUCUUCUACACAACGGUGGGCUUCUUCUUCAACAACAUGAUGGUGGUGAUUAUGGUGUACGCGUUCCUGUGGGGCCGUCUCUAUCUUGCCCUGAGCGGCGUCGAAGAUAGCGCCGCGAGGAGCCAUGCCACCAACAACAAAGCCCUUGGGACAAUUGUGAACCAACAGUUUGUGGUCCAAAUCGGCGCGUUCACUGCCCUUCCCAUGAUCGUGGAGAACUCUCUAGAACACGGAUUCCUCUCGGCCGUCUGGGAUUUCCUGACAAUGCAGUUGCAGCUCUCAUCCCUUUUCUACACUUUCUCAAUGGGAACUCGCGCCCACUUCUUCGGCCGCACCAUUCUGCACGGCGGCGCAAAGUACCGAGCCACCGGCCGCGGAUUCGUCGUCCAGCACAAAAACUUCGCCGAAAACUACAGAUUGUACGCGCGCAGCCACUUUGUGAAGGGGAUUGAACUCGGCGUCAUUCUCGUAGUGUAUUAUGCUUCAAACAGUCCCUUGGCCAGGGACACUUUCGUCUAUAUAGCCAUGACCAUCUCAAGCUGGUUCCUUGUGGUGUCGUGGAUCAUGGCCCCCUUUGUCUUCAACCCCACAGGGUUCGACUGGCUGAACACCGUGUAUGACUUUGAAGAUUUCAUGAACUGGAUUUGGUAUAACCGCGGAGUGUUUGCAAAGGCAGACCAGAGCUGGGAGACAUGGUGGUACGAGGAGCAAGACCACUUGAGAACAACUGGGCUCUGGGGAAAGCUGCUGGAAAUCAUCUUAGACCUUCGCUUCUUCUUCUUCCAGUAUGGGGUGGUGUACCAACUCAAGAUCACUGGCGGUAGGACCAGCAUUUCUGUUUACUUGCUGUCUUGGAUCUUCAUGUUCGCAGCUCUCGUGAUUUAUGUCUCCAUUGCAUAUGCAAAGGAAAAAUAUGCCAUGAACCAGCACAUUUACUACCGGUUGGUGCAAUUGCUGGUCAUCAUGCUCACUCUACUGCUCAUUGUUUUGCUGCUAAAGUUCACGCCGUUUGAGGCUCUCGACUUCAUAAGCAGCUUGCUGGCGUUCAUACCCACGGGUUGGGGAAUCAUCCAGAUCGCCCUCGUUCUCAGGCCGUUUCUGGAGACCAGUGUGGUUUGGAAGACCGUUGUGUCCUUGGCCCGUCUCUACGACAUGAUAUUUGGAUUGAUUGUCAUGGCUCCUCUGGCAUUCCUGUCAUGGAUGCCUGGAUUUCAAGCCAUGCAGACAAGGAUUCUGUUCAAUGAGGCCUUCAGCAGGGGCCUUCAGAUCUCCAGGAUUCUCACCGGCAAAUCUUUCUAGAGUCUCUCAGGACGAGCUCCAUGUUGUCCUGUGUCCUGAAUCUCACUGCCAGAAUACCGCGAAAAGGUUCACAGGUUAUGAGGGGUAGAUGAUGAUGCUUCUGAUGAUGAUGAUGAUGAUGAUGAUGAAGGUGAAUCUUACUUUGUGUGGGAUGGCAUGGAUGAUUGAUGAUCUCUUCAAGAUGAUGAUGAUGAUGAUGCACUUUCUACUCCAUUUUUGCCCGUGCAUGAAUCCCAAGUUCUGAAUCCAGAUUAUUUUUUUAAUAAAUAUUUAUUUAUUGUUUAAGAUGAUGAUGAUCUUAGAGAGCAGCAUUUGUAAAAAUGUAGUGAGUGGUAGUAUUAGUACGGAGUAUAUUAGUAGCCUGGGGAAUUUUAGAAUCCCAAUAUUUUUUCCUCUCAUUCCUCUGAUGUUUUGUUUU